GUCCUUUCGGGUAACUUACAUGGUUACACUUCGGCAUAUGCAACGCACAUACAGCCGCAAAGGCGCGAAAUGCCAGGGCCAUAAUUCUAGUGUUCAUUCCGACCAUAUGAACACCACGCAGGCUCGGAAGAGGCGAAAGAUUGAAGUCGAGGUCGUCUCACCGAGAAGAUCAAAUUCAAGCAGCGAGAGCCUUACAGAUAUAGAUGAUCGUGCGAAGCAAACUUCUCUCUCAGUGUCUGCCCGCAGGCCUGAAAGCUCUACCAAGAAUGCACCCGGGUCCAGACAGGGCACCGUGAAGUCUAAUUCACAAACGUUGCGCCGCCCGUUGAACUCCUCCAUGAGCGACAAACAAAACCCAUUCUCAAUCCCACGCUCCAGAACAAAUGGCUCUGUGUCUACCUCGCGUAGCUCACAGUUUUCUCCAGAGAAGACUGUGAAGGAUCUGUCAACACUUUUUGAUUUUUCCGAGCCCCCAAAACCCACUCCUUCAGCGAAAACCGGCGGCAUUGCCAAACGAAUGCUUCGGCGUUCACAAACAGAUUCUUCCUUCAGUGUUGUCAGUCACAGCCUCUCAACCAUAGACUCCCAAGCCAUCGCUGGGCCCUCUACACCUCGCAAGCUAACAGGUGCCAAGACAGAGUCAACAAUCAACCUGAUAUCGACUUCGCCAUCGUCUGCACCUCAGACCCCAUCUAAAUCCAAGUCAGUCGGUAAUUUGUCGUCGCCUCCGGCGCGCCCGUCUAUUGCGGCGACAAGUGGUAUUCGUACCUAUGGUGGAAAGUCGCGCUCCUUUCUUGUCGCAUUACCCACAGCCACUGGCAGCGUCUCUUUACUUGAUGCUCAAUCACAAUCACAAGAGGAUGAUAUACUCCAAGUGGACACCCAGGAAGAGGACUUCGAAAUCCGCGAAUCUUAUAGUGAACUUCGUGCGCGCUGGGGUGUAGAUAAUUCAGAUGAUAACCCUUGGCCUCUCGUGUCGCCAGAUACAUCACCAGGCGAUAAGAGUAAACGAAAGGGUAAAUCGAAACAAAUUCCAGCUCCUCCGCUACCUAACGGUAUGAUGAAUGAUCUGAAGAGCAUUAGCGAACUGAGGAGCAAAGGAGAGACUCGACGCUUCUUAGAUGAUAUGGGCUACCUCUUCGAGGGACUUGACCCGAAGGGGGCCAUGGGUGUACGACGUGGAAGUGCAUUGGAGAUUGUUACCAAGCUCUGCGACUCUGAGUUUGCUAGGAAGGCCAAGGCAGCAGAUUUUCUAAGUCACGCUUGGGAGGUAUUGCGGGGAGCCGGUGCCGGCAACGGGGAUAAGGUAUUGGAUACCAUCCUUGUCUUCUUCGCUGCGCUUGCCGCUCGAGAUCCACGAGACUUGGUAGACCUUGCUUCAAAAUCGGACUUCAUCUCUGUCCUCUUCGAGCAACUCGGCGCCCUUGAUCGUGAUAAUGACCCAUUGUGGUUGAUAUCUUGCGGUAUGAGUGAUGCGGAGCUGAAGAGGGCGGGCAUUUCGAAAGCAGAGAAGACUAGCCUAACGGCUCUUCAUACCAUGGUGCGCAAGAAAUCUGCCUUAUUUGACCAUGUCGAUAUCAUCUCGAAUCGACUACUCGUUUCGUCUGCGCUGUCUGCGCUAUCCCCUUCAGCAUAUUCGUCUUCGCAGCUUCCGACGCUGCUUCAUAGUCUUUCAGCUGAACUUCAACCAAUAUCAUCUCGAAUAUCGUCCUACACAUCUGGAUUUUCUCUCUUCCCACCUUUGACGCCUGCAUCACACUUGCACACGCCUUCCCUUCUACAUAUCGACAAUUGCCUCCGUCUUCUGGAUUCAUCGUUGUUGGGCCGAUGGGCUGAUAGCGAUAACCCAGUCUUGGACGAUUUGCGACACAUAAGCUCUAGACGAAUCAAAGAAUUGAGCUCUAAGUUGAUUUCUUUAUGUGUCGCUGCCGACAUCGCUUCUAGAGUUCCUGAACAGAGGGACCUUAAGAUGAUAGCACAUGGAUGUAUGGAGUCACUCUUUCGUGUCCUGAUCAACCUGACGGAUGACAACUUUGAGUGGUGCCAGAAAAUACUCGAGGACUCGAUGGCAAUCAAGGCUGUAGUGCGGAUUGUUAUGAUGUCUCAUCGCCAGCAUAUGGCUCUGGCCAUGAAGAAGGAAGCAGACGAGCUGCAGGACGAAGAUGCCGAAGCUGAUACUGCUGCUCAGCUAUUGGAUCGGCUAUGUCUUGCACUCGGGCUUCUCACCAAUCUCGUGCAAGUAUCUGACGCGGCUAAGGUGGCCCUUCGGGACAUUUUCAUCGACCCUCGUUGUUCUGGAAAACGAGGAUGCAUCACUUCUUGCAGAUGUUCAUCGCGGCUCAACGGUGUUCAGUGUCUGACCCAAGUAUACAUAGAACACUGCAAAUCUGAAGACUCUCUGGAACUUAUGAUGCGCGGACAUAUUGCCAUCCUUCUCGGCCUGCUCAUCAAGAACGAUCGGGAGAACCAGAAGAUUAUUCUGUCAGCUUUGCCUGGUAGCUCUAAUCGAAACAGGCUUACUUCCCUCAUCGAGAAUGCCAGGGAGUUCGCGUUGUUCUACGCCGAGUUCGCCAAGAAGGUUAAUGCCACUGUAGAGGCGUCCAACGAAGACGACGAUGAGGACGAAGGGCAGCAACGAGACACCAGUAUGAGCAGGAUGUUGCGAGAUACGCAAGGCGAAUCCGUUGCGCGUGAUACUAUUCAGUAUCUAGAACAACUAAGGGAUAGUGCGGGUGCAUAAAAGACCACGCAUUCCUUACGAUAAUGCACGCUGAAUAGAAGUCCACGCAUUUGCGCUACCGUGGCGACACACUUCCUGUAGAGACCUCACCUCCCUCUCAUUACGGAGAAUUAUAUGCGUCGGUACCAUUGCCUUUGAUCAGCAACUGGAGCUGGCAACAAACUACGCGAUGUGAUUCACACUGUUACCCCUCGACUGGAAGCAUUGACUUGAGGCGCUUGCGCGAUUCGCAAUUGUUGAACGAGGCUGCGUGCAGUAUCUUGUGCGACGGAUCGCUCUUUUCCAACAAUUCUGGAUGAAUGUUGCUUUUUCAAACUCAUUUUUCAUUGCACAUAAGGCCAUGUGACUCUCAAGGACAAUGCCAGCUAUUGUAUUCUCCUUG